UGUCACUAGAAUAUAAAUAUAAUGCUGAAGAAAUCCAAUGACAUUAUAGUAUGUGUUGAGAAUCGAUUACUCGAAGGAUGAUACUACUAGGAUUAAAAUACCGUGUCCUAGUCUUCAAUCAACAGUUGCAAUAGGGAUGUACAACUGAAAGCAAGGCAAUGGUCAAUUCUAUACAGAUUUGAAUGAUAUGAAUCUCGAUAAACCAUACGACACACUGAACUACACUUAUAGUUAUACUGACAAUACAACAAUGGAUCAUAAUAUAACAUCUAUCUACAACGAAUCAAUAGAAAAACUUGAAACUCAGACCGUAAAUUUACAUAAAUUAUAUGUUAAUAUAUAUACUAUAGUGGUACCUAUCAUAGCUGUAGUUGGAUUGUUUGGGAAUACUGCUUCAAUAGCUGUUUUUACGUCCAGUUUCCUUAAAAGACACUCAUCAUCCGUGUUUCUAGCUGCGCUUGCUUUUGUCGACAACCUGUUUUUACUGACAUUAUUUCUAACAUGGUUUGACCAAACAGCUUCAAAUAUCCUAUCAACGACCAUUCCAUGUCAGAUUGUUGUUUAUGUUACAUAUUUUGCCGCAUUUUUAUCCGUGUGGUUAGUUGUUGGAUUUACAACGGAACGUUAUCUCGCCAUUUGUCAUCCAUUACGAGCACCCAUGUUAUGCUCGAAUCGUCGUCAGAAAAUAGCAGUCACUUGUUUAGUGCUAUUUGCAGCGGUGUUUUACACCUUUGCCAUUUGGACAACCGAAGCUGUACAGUAUGGCCCACGUAAAUGGUGCUUAACAAUCAAUGACUAUUACGAGUUUUUACAAAUUGUCACGUGGAUUGAUACAAUUAUCAGCAUGGUACUGCCAUUCUUCUGUAUAGCUUUUAUGAACUGUAGAGUGAUUUGUAAAGCUGCUAUAUUUCACAAGAAAAGACAACAUUGUUACAAACCAACAGACUCUUUGAAAGUAAAAAGAAAUAAGCACUUAACGAACAAAUCUCAAAUGCGUGUGACGCGAACUCUAUUGAUUGUGUCAUCUUUGUUUCUUGUUUUAAAUUUUCCGAGCCAUCUUGCUAGACUCUAUAAUAUCAUUGUGGCACCAGUAAGUAAAGAAAAAUACGAGAAAUUUUUACAACAAAUUUGCCAAUUACUUUAUUACAGUACUUUCAGUGUUAACUUUUUUGUGUAUGCGUUGUAUGGAAAACAUUUCCAAAAAUCGUUUUGGUUAAUGAUUAGAUCUUUCAAGCAAUUUUUUGGUUGUCGAACAGAACAUCGUUUUUCAUCCGUAGAGAAAUCAACGAAAAUAACGUUAACGGGUAUGAGAUCUAACACAUACAGAUGGUCAAGUGACUUGGAUAUCUCACGUUGUUAAUUGUUAAUUUUUAUAUUGUUCCAUUAUUGUUUGUAAUAAACAUAUACAUAUUGUAAUAUUUUCCUAUUAAAAUCUCUGCAGCAA